AUGUUCCAGCCUGGAUUUCCGCAGCCGAGGGACGUCACCAGAAUCAGCGGGAUUGUAUUCACAGCGGUUGCCUCAUACAAUGGUCUGGAGCUCUUUAUCCUCAUUUUGCGCGCCUCCAAACGCUACCGCAGUCUUUACUUCUGCGCUCUCCUACUCUCGAACAUCAUUGGCAUGAUCCGGAUGACGAUCGGAGACAUGCUUGAAUCCUUUGAUUUGGCGCCGGACUGGCUGAUGCUCACCCCCGAGUGUGUGGGCUGA